ACCUCGAGGAAGAAACUUUCCAUAAUGUAACGUCUGUCACGACUCUGAGACUAAAUUCCAACUUUUUUCGUACUCUCCCUGUUGGAGCGUUUACUGGCCUUCCUAAUCUACUUGUCCUCGAUUUAGGAAUAAACCUUCUUCGCAAAGCUCUCAGUGGAUUAUUGGAUGGACUACCUCAUUUACAAGUUUUGAGCUUGCGUUCAAACCAGAUAGAUGAGUUAGAAUAUGGGGUUUUUGGUAACAAUAGCAACAUGACACAUCUAUACCUUCAGGAUAACAAGCUUCCAGUAUUACCAGAUGGCCUGUUUGGUGCUAUGUCACAACUGACGUUAUUGAAUCUGAGCAGCAACGAGCUGACUACAGUUACAAAGGACACUUUUAAAGGACUGGUCUCCUUAGAAUACCUGUACCUGGACAGUAAUAAACUCGCUAAAGUACCUUCAGAUGCGUUUAGUGAACUGAGCAACCUGAAAUAUCUGAAACUCGAUCGCUUCAUCCUCUGCUGCUACGCCAGGAAAUCAAUCGAAGGAGUGGACUGUGAGUCUCCAGUCGAUGACUUCUCAAGCUGCGACGAUCUCAUGAAAAACGAAACUCUCCAGAUUUGUAUUUGGAUUCUUGGAAUCCUCGCCUUCCUUGGUAACCUUCUUGUCAUAAUAUGGCGGAUCAUUGAUAAGGAAGAGAACAAGGUGCAUUCCUUUUUGCUGACAAAUUUGGCAGUCGCCGACAUGCUUAUGGGAGUGUAUCUUUUGACAAUCGCCAUUAUGGACGUCAGAUGGCAAGGGGAAUACUUUAAGCAUGACGAAGAAUGGAGAUCUGGACUGGGUUGCCAAAUUGUCGGAGUUCUUUCGAUGCUCUCUAGUGAAGUAUCCGUUCUGAUUCUAACCAUCAUCACGAUGGACAGAUUUCUUUGUAUCGUCUUUCCUUUCAAGUUCAAGCGCCUCACAUACAAAGCUGCCGUUUACGCAUGCGUUGGGGUGUGGAUAUUCGGUGUCGUCAUAUCUACAAUUCCAAUCGCAGGUUUAAACUACUUUUACGACGACAGCGGUAAUUUUGGAUUCUACAGCCGCUCUGCCGUUUGCCUUCCUCUUCAGCUGUCCGAAGGGAGACAGGCCGGGUGGGAAUAUUCUGUCGCCUUUUUCGUCGGAUUGAACUUCGUCUCUUUCAUGUUUAUCCUCGUCGCCUACAUUACAAUGUUCUGGACGGUAAAGCGCGUUUCCCGCGCUGUGCGAUCAACAAAUUUAAGCAAAGAAUCCGCCAUGGCCAAGCGGCUUGUCUUCAUUGUGAUGACAGACUUUUGCUGUUGGAUGCCAAUAAUUAUAAUCAACAUAUUAUCUCUCACUGGACAUUUUGACGAUCCAGACAAAAUUGCCUAUGUGUGGAUAGCAGUCUUUGUUCUUCCACUUAACUCGUCCCUCAAUCCAAUUCUGUACACAUUUUCCACCGAAAGGGCAAAGCGAAGCUUGUGUCGGAAGAGAAAAAACGUCACUGGGUUUGUUAUGAAGACGGUAAACGGCCGAGGGGCAGCUGAAAAUCAGUCCGUUGAUUGGCUGAAAGCCCAUGGCGACAACACUUGCGUAUCCAACGUCAGCUCCAGUCCUUUGCAAUUACAUAAAGUAGCGGGAACACAGGAACAAGGGAGCAAACAGGCACAUGCCGAGCUGAGGCUGAUUGAAGAAGUUAACAUUCUGAAAGACGACACCGCAGGAAGGCGUGCAACAGGUUAUGCUACAGCUUGGUGUGAAGAAGGGAACAUUUUAAGUAUGGUGUUACUGAAAUACUUUGACAAAGAAUUGAAAGAGGAAUGGCAUCGAGAGGCUAACAUAGUACAGGGCCUGUCUUGUGAUGAAGAGCCGCAUGCCAAUCUACUUCAUUAUCGCUGGCACUCGAAAGGCAAGAAACUCGAUCGCUUCAUCCUCUGCUGCUACGCCAGGAAAUCAAUAGAAGGAGUGGACUGUGAGUCUCCAGUCGAUGAAUUCUCAAGCUGCGACGAUCUCAUGAAAAACGAAACUCUCCAGAUUUGUAUUUGGAUUCUUGGAAUCCUCGCCUUCCUUGGUAACCUUCUUGUCAUAAUAUGGCGGAUCAUUGAUAAGGAAGAGAACAAGGUGCAUUCCUUUUUGCUGACAAAUUUGGCAGUCGCCGACAUGCUUAUGGGAGUGUAUCUUUUGACAAUCGCCAUUAUGGACGUCAGAUGGCAAGGGGAAUACUUUAAGCAUGACGAAGAAUGGAGAUCUGGACUGGGUUGCCAAAUUGUCGGAGUUCUUUCGAUGCUCUCUAGUGAAGUAUCCGUUCUGAUUCUAACCAUCAUCACGAUGGACAGAUUUCUUUGUAUCGUCUUUCCUUUCAAGUUCAAGCGCCUCACUUACAAAGCUACCGUUUACGCAUGCGUAGGGGUGUGGAUAUUCGGUGUCGUCAUAUCUACAAUUCCAAUCGCAGGGUUAAACUACUUUUACGACGACAGCGGUAAUUUUGGAUUCUACAGCCGCUCUGCCGUUUGCCUUCCUCUUCAGCUGUCCGAAGGGAGACAGGCCGGGUGGGAAUAUUCUGUCGCCUUUUUCGUCGGAUUGAACUUCGUCUCUUUCAUGUUUAUCCUCGUCGCCUACAUUACAAUGUUCUGGACGGUAAAGCGCGUUUCCCGCGCUGUGCGAUCAACAAAUUUAAGCAAAGAAUCCGCCAUGGCCAAGCGGCUUGUCUUCAUUGUGAUGACAGACUUUUGCUGUUGGAUGCCAAUAAUUAUAAUCAACAUAUUAUCUCUCACUGGACAUUUUGACGAUCCAGACAAAAUUGCCUAUGUGUGGAUAGCAGUCUUUGUUCUUCCACUUAACUCGUCCCUCAAUCCAAUUCUGUACACAUUUUCCACCGAAAGGGCAAAGCGAAGCUUGUGUCGGAAGAGAAAAAACGUCACUGGGUUUGUUAUGAAGACGGUAAACGGCCGAGGGGCAGCUGAAAAUCAGUCCGUUGAUUGGCUGAAAGCCCAUGGCGACAACACUUGCGUAUCCAACGUCAGCUCCAGUCCUUUGCAAUUACAUAAAGUAGCGGGAACACAGGAACAAGGGAGCAAACAGGCACAUGCCGAGCUGAGGCUGAUUGAAGAAGUUAACAUUCUGAAAGACGACACCGCAGGAAGGCGUGCAACAGGUUAUGCUACAGCUUGGUGUGAAGAAGGGAACAUUUUAAGUAUGGUGUUACUGAAAUACUUUGACAAAGAAUUGAAAGAGGAAUGGCAUCGAGAGGCUAACAUAGUACAGGGCCUGUCUUGUGAUGAAGAGCCGCAUGCCAAUCUACUUCAUUAUCGCUGGCACUCGAAAGCUUGCGACCAAAGUCUUGAACAGGGAAAACAGAAGAUUCGUGCUUUACAACCAAACAGUUUGUAUGUAAUUUUGUUUGUGUGUUAUUCAGUCUGUAUGUUGUUUAGUUUAUAUGUUUCUUAUUUAGUUUGAAAAUAUUUCUUGAGCAGGGUGUUAGUUAAGUGUAGUGAAGCGCUUCUCGUUUCAUCGUUCGACUGUCAGAAGCAGACGGCAAAAUUUGAUUGGGCGUUGUGAAUCGGGUGUACUUAACUCGACAAUAAACAGAACAGCAGAAAAUUUCACGGUUAAGAAUUAUUGUGCUGAGAAUCUCUUGUGUGACAUGUUAGUGGUAGUUUACAAACAGCUGGGAAACAACAGGAAAGUGCACGUAAUACAAGUGCAAACGGUGUUUCUCAAUUAAAUGCAGCCAGCUACAAAGUGUUAAUUGUACUUGGACAACGACGUGAACGCGUACCAAUUUUGUGACAAAUAAGCGCGCGGAGAACCAGCAUCAGAAGCAAGAAUUUGUUACCGAUAUGAUUUGGGCACAAGCAGACGGUGACGUUUAAACUCAAUACACUCGACUAACUGA